GCCACGGUGUCCGGCUAUUUUUCUUUUCUUUCUUUUUUUUUCAGUUGUCACUAUUGUUUAGCAGGCCCCGGCUGGGUUCGAACCCGCCAGCUCCGGCCACUGAGCUCCGGGCGCCACUCAUAAGCUGCGUGGUUUACAUACAUGUUGUUUAGGAUCAUAAAACGUAGCCCAUGGCGGCGAAUGUUGCGUUUUCCAGGGAAUUUUCUCUUCCCUCAGAAUGCGGAAGAGCGAGGAGGGGGAGGGGAUGGUAAGGACUUCACUUCCUGAAGCGAUUCCGUGAGGGAACGUUGGUAAAGUUCUACUUCACAAAUUAGGUGGCGUUUCAUCAUGUGUCAUCAUUUACAUAGUGUUUUGCACUUUUCAAGAUUAUUAACAUUAAAAACUUUAAUUAAAAACUGGAAAACAUCGGCCCUCAAGCCUACUCAGCAGCACCCCUGUCGCACAAAUUCGCUUCCGCCGGCGUGUUGGCUGGAUCCCCGAGGGGGAGGCGGGGCCUUGCCACGUCUUGCACGCAUGCGCACAGCGCCCAGCCAAUCAGCGCCGCGCCUGGCUGAGGCGAAGCGUGCUUUUCUCCUGCUGCAGCCCCGGGAUGCUUCAGAAGCGUCGCGCCAGCGAAGUGGGUCCUUGGGUCCGAGACCGCAGAUCUGGUCGGGGAGGCUGGAGUUGCGGGGUCACUUGUCAGGGUGGGGGGCUGGUAACUGUGGUUUUCGGUCAGUGAAGUGAAGGUUUUCUGAGGCGGAUCAGGGGAGGAAUUAGUGCAGCGCGGGCGUCCCGGCCGGGCCUUCCCCUGAGGAGUGAGGUGGAGCUUCCUCGGGGCUCCUGACAGGAAGGCUGAGGCCGGCGGCGUCUCUGAGGGAAGGGGCGGGUGAACAGCGGCGGGCGGAGCGGGCUCUGGGCACCGUCGGAGGGGCCGGCGGCCGUGGGCGAGGGCCGGGGCUACCUCGACGCCUUCUCCCUCUUGUCUGCUCAGACUGGCCAGGAAAAAGGGAAAUUAACUGAAGCCCCUUUGCAUUUCUCCUUGCUACGCGCGUGGUGUGGAAAUCUUACUGGACGUUAAUUUGGGGGGGGCGUUAAUUAUCCGAGAAUCGCAUCGCAGAACGUUUUUAUGUCCCAUGUACAUAGCUGUGAGCUUCGGUUUAGCGCGCUCGGGAUUUAUCUUUGUGACCCUAGAUGCUGACCAGAUUUGCCCAAAUUUUAGCCAGAACCUGGCGGAGGGGCCCUUACAAGUCAGAUCUUCCAGGAGGACAGGGGCCAAAUCUCCAUCACAUGGCACUUGGGAGUCAGGGUGACACUGCCAUUAAUCUUUUUUUUUCCCUUUUAAAAUAAUUGGCAGUGUCAUUUUCUUUGCUAACUUUUGGUCCUGUAAAGUAAAUGAAACUGCUAAAAUUGUAUUCAACGAAGAUAGUCCUUAGUUUGAUAUCUUCUUGGAUAUUUAAACUCUUUUUUAAAAUCAGUUUAUUGAAAUGAUGCCUUGGAUUCAGAAAGUUUAAGAGAUUUGUUUUUUUAAGGUCGGGAAACAUCUAAAUAUGGAGCACCCUGGAAGAAAGCAUCCUGGGAAAUCUGGGAAGUCCCCAGCGGGGGAUCAGGUUUUAAGAGCCUAUGCCUUGGAGAAAGAAGGUAGAAAAGAACUGAGUGGUUCAGAGGAAGGGGAAGUCACUGAAGGAAAGACUCCAGCAAUUGAUAAACAUGUGAAGAAAAGGGUUUCUGCAGGAAUAAAUGAAGAUGUUGGGGGUGUAGUGCAGAAUAUGCUGGAAGGAUUUGGAGCUAAUGUUAACAAGAUUCUAAAUGCCAAGAAAAAAAGACUAGAAAUGUAUACCGAAGCUUCUUUCAAAAGCAGCUAUCAAAAAUUUGAAAAUGUUUGGAAAUCACAACAAGAGCAAAGGCAGAAGCUUAGCCAAGAAUAUUCUCAGCAGUUUCUGACUUUGUUUCAGCAGUGGGACACAGAUGUGCAGAAAUAUGAGGAACAAGAGGAAAAACUAAUUAGUAUUUUUCGACAGCAACAAAAGUUAUUCCAACAAUCUAGAGUUGUUCAGAACCAGAGACUGAAAACAAUUAAACAGUUAUGUGAGCAGUAUGUAAAGAAUAUGGAGGACUUAGAGAAUGAUCUUAAUAUUGUUCUUGUUGAUGCACAAAAUGAACUUAAAAAAGAAAUGGCUAUGUUGCAAAAAAGAGUUAUGAUGGAAACUCAGCAGCAAGAGAUGGCAAGUGUUCGAAACUCUCUUCAAUCCAUGUUAUUCUGA